CUUUCCCUUUAGUCCAGUCAACGAAAAGGUCCCCAUGAUCCUUCCGACCACAGAGGACGACCGGUAGUGGUGUGGGACAUAUAUAUGUCAGGGCUUUCGCUCUUCCCCAUGGCACGUUCUGCCUUACCUUUUCUCCUCUAGCUUCAUUCUGGAUCUUCUCCCCCAUUCCUGUCUUACUGACUGGUGGGUGACUGCUGGCUGGCUGGACCAACCCCCUUCUCGAAUCUGAGUAGCAGGGCUAGACUGGAUCUAUCAUGAAGGUCACCAUCAACGAGGGCGGUGUGCCCUCGUACUGGGGCACAAAUGGACGUGCUCUGGGCAUGCUGAUCACAGCUGUCGCAACCACUGACUUUUUGCUGUUCGGUUAUGACCAAGGUGUCAUGUCCGGUAUCAUCUCUUCUCCCGCUUUCACUGGUGAUUUCCCCGAGGUCGAAGGUGAUUCCACCUACGAAGGUUUCGUCGUCUCGAUCUACGCUGUCGGCUGCUUCCUCGGUGCCUGCUUUAUCCUGACUUUUGGUGACAAACUUGGACGACGAAACUCCAUCUUCCUGGGCGCAUCGGUUAUGAUCGUUGGUGUCAUCAUCCAGCUUGCUUGUGUCCCUCCGAACAGUGGUGCUACUGCGCAAUUCAUUAUUGGAAGAUGCAUUACAGGGAUUGGCAACGGAAUCAAUACCUCGACCGUCCCGACAUACCAGGCCGAAUGCAGUAAAUCACACAACCGCGGCAAGCUGAUCUGUAUUGAGGGCGGUAACGUUGCCAUCGGCACGCUUAUUGCCUACUGGAUUGACUACGGAUGUCUUUACGGCCCUGAUGACAUGGUUUGGCGAUUCCCUAUCGCAUUCCAAUGCGUCUUCGCUUUCAUCGUUAUCGUCCUCAUGCUGCGCCUUCCGGAAUCUCCUCGCUGGUUACUCACUCAUGACCGCCAAGAAGAAGCCGCUACUGUACUUGCCGCGCUGGAUGGACAAUCACGCGACAGCGUUGAGGUCCGCACUCACAUGUCUGUCAUCUUGGACUCCAUCCGCGCUGCUGGCCAUAAGGGAGGUGUCACACCAAUCUCGGCACUCUUCACCAAUGGAAAGACUCAGCACUUCCGUCGUCUCUUGCUCGGAGCUUCGUCGCAGAUGAUGCAGCAGCUGUCUGGUUGCAACGCCGUCAUCUACUACUUCCCGAUUCUGUUCCAGGAUGCCAUUGGUGUCUCCCACAACUUGGCUCUUUUGCUUGGUGGUAUCAACAUGGUUGUCUACUCGAUCUUUGCCACCACAUCGUGGUUCGCUGUCGAGCGUAUCGGACGCCGAAAAUUGUUCUUGAUCGGAACUGUUGGACAGUGCUUGUCCAUGGUUAUUGCCUUCGGAGCUCUGAUUCCUGACACUGAGGAAGCUGCCAAGGGUGCAGCUGUCGGUCUCUUCACAUACAUUGCCUUCUUUGGUGCCACCUGGUUGCCUCUGCCAUGGCUGUACCCAGCUGAGAUCAACCCUCUGAAGACUCGCGCAAAGGCUAACGCUGUCUCCACGGUCUCCAACUGGCUCUGGAACUUCUUCAUUGUCAUGAUCACGCCUGUGCUCAUUGACUCCAUCGGAUGGGGAACGUACCUCUUCUUCGCCGUGCUGAACGCCAUCUUCUUCCCGAUCAUCUACUUCUUCUACCCAGAGACCAGCCAGCGCACACUGGAGGAGAUUGACCUCAUCUUCGCCAAGGGCUACACGGAAAAGAUCAACUAUGUCACCGCUGCUAAGCAAUUGCCGCGCAUGACCCAAGAGGAGAUCGACCAGAAGGCACGCGAAUAUGGCGCCAUCGACUCGGACGAGGAGACUGGCAGUGGCAGCGACUUCAAGGCCGACAAGGACGACGAGAAGUCCGGUCCUACGAUGAGAGAGGGUGGCAUGGCGUGAGCAUGAGACUUGUGCAGUACGAGUGAGAGAAUCAAAAUUGUUGAAUGCGGAUGCGAUGAGCGCUUGAGGCGCUUUUGAAAUGAUUGUUAUGUCGCACGAACCAGAGAGUUCGACGGCGUUCCUUGCAUGACAAUGAUAAAGCACAGUAUCAUGAUAGAGGGGAGGUGGCAACGAGGGCAUUUCGCGAAAUGAUACCCGCCCUCGCCAUCUCGCGAUAGAGAUAGACGUAUAGAAGAAUAGAGCUCUCUUUCAACCUUGGGAAGCAUGAGUACAUGAAUGAUUGAGUACUUCUCGACAUUGAUUCUUGUGCCUCUUGUGAUGGAAAUUUUAGAUGGACGCUACGAGGCCGUUUUUCUCAACCGCAGUUCGCAGAUGGGCUUGCAGUGUGUGGGAUGAUGUACUUGGUGCUACGUGUUCGCAUGUGAUGUCGUCAGGCUGCCUAUUUGGUUCUGGUCGUGUAUCGUCUCUGCCUGAUCGGAGAAUAUGGAAAUGCGCAGUGAGAAUGGGAGCCUAGAAAUGCUAGUUGUCCAGUAGUGGGAUGAAAAUAGUUCGGUGCCUUGGGGUGGAUGUCGG